GCGACCUAGACAUUACGUCGGGCCUCUUCGACAGUCAGUUGUUAUCAAGACCUCGGGUGGCGCAUCCGACCAAUCCUCCGACAGAACCGCAUCGCAAUUUUCUUUUUUUUCCUUUUGAUUUUCUUUUCUUUUUUUCUUUUUCUUGUUCGUUUGUUUCAUGCAGAUAUCGUUAAGUUGGAAAGUAAAUAGAUGAUUCUGAAAAUAACACUGGACGACUUACACCUACCCAAAGAUGCAGAUUUUACAAAUUCUAGUUAUAGUAUGUGCUAGUUUUUUGGAACUGGUAAGAGGUCAUGGAAGACUCAUGGAUCCUCCAGCUAGAAACUCCAUGUGGAGGUUCGGAUUCCCAAAUCCAGUCAACUAUAAUGACAACGAAUUGUAUUGUGGAGGAUACUCAGUUCAGUGGGAACAAAAUGGUGGAAAAUGUGGAAUAUGCGGCGAUGCUUACCAUUUAGAAGAACCAAGACCACAUGAAGCGGGAGGCUUAUAUGCUAAAGGAAUCGUUGCUAGACAUUAUAGUGUAGGACAAAAUAUAGACAUCGAGAUAGAGCUGACCGCAAACCAUUAUGGCAAGUUUGAGAUAGCUCUGUGUCCGAAUAACAAUCACAACCAGGAAGCCACACAGGAAUGUUUUGAUAAACACCCCUUGUAUUUAUCCGGUACAAAAAACGAUAAUGCAUUUGUUAUACCUGAAGAUGGCGUUAAGAAGAAAGUUUUUCGAUACCAAGUUAGGCUACCUCCAUACCUGACAUGCACCCAAUGUGUCAUGCGUUGGGUGUACUAUACUGGCAACCAAUGGGGUGUUUGCGAUAAUGGCACACAUGCAGUGGGUUGUGGCAAAUCGGAAACUUUUAUUAAUUGUGCUGAUGUAGCUGUCACAACUAAUGCAGGAGGUGCCAUACCUCCACUGUUUAUCAACCAAGACAACCCCUAUUUGCUCUACUACCAGGAUCUGCGCUAUUCGGCCCCCUAUAAUGUAUUCCCUCUGGUGAUAAGGGAACAAGUUUGUGUUCCCAAGAAAUUAUACAGGAUGAUCCCCGGAGUAGACGAAUGGUGUCAAAAGAAUUGCUUGAGAUAUCCCCCCAAUUGUCCUACUGAAAUUUGUGAAUGCCCAACAACUUGUGAAGCCGUGGGUGAUUUUGAGGGUGAAACAGGUGCUGACGUAUACUGUAUGGACCAAUGUUUAGUCUAUCCCGCUACAGGGUGUCCUAGAAAACAGUGCUCUUGUCACGAAGAAAAACCUCUAGAUAAUUUAGUUUUCUGAGACAAUCUUAUUAUCUGUGUACUUAAAAAUAUACUUUUUAUAUGACAAAAAAUAGAAAUAAAAUAUUUUUAUUAUA